GCCAUCCGUCCAGAUUCAUGCCCAUCUCGAGGACGCAACUUUCGAGAGUCCACACAGGUGACAGUAUCCAGAAUAUAUCAGAAAAACGAGCAAAACAGUCAACAUUGAAAAGUAACUGCCCAGCAUGGCGUCGUCCGUAAGCAGUACAAGUACAAGUACCAGUGCCUCCACCGUGACGGUCGUGGCGACGCUCAAGAAGCGGUCCCUGGUCCCGGCCCGGUGGAAGGAGGCUGUGCGUGUCGUGGGCAUGUCGGAGUGUAGAGAGAUGGCGCUCACGCUGGCGCACGCCUUUGCUGCUGACGAUUACGCCCGGUACCUCGUCGACGACGGAGGCUCCAGAGAUCUCUCGGCCGAGGAGGACAAGUGGAGGCUGCAUGUCGACAUCCUCACGUACACGGUGGCGGCCCACUGCAUGAGCGGUCUGGUUACGGCUGUCGGGCCCGAGUGUGAUAGCGUGGCGCUCUGGGUGCCGCCGGGCAAACACCUGGACGGAUGGUGGACGCAGCUCCGGAGCGGUAUGUGGAGACUCUACUUCCAGCUCUCGCCCGAGGGAAAGAAGCGCUACUUCCAGGAGAUCCUGCCUCUGCUGCACGACACCAAGGCCGACGUCCUCGGUGACAGGGACGACGAUGCAUGGUACCUGGUCUACCUGGGUACUAAGCCCAACUCGCAAGGCCGAGGCUAUGCGGCGAGGCUGCUGCAGGACAUGAUGGCGCGGGCUGACGCCGAGAACCGGCCCAUGUAUCUUGAGUCAAGCUCGCUUGUCAACAAUGCCUACUAUGAAAAGUUUGGCUUUGAAGUAAAGCGGGAUGUCUUCCUUGGACGUGGAUCUGCCCCCGUCCGGCUGUCAAUCAUGGUUCGUGAGCCCCGCGUGCCCGGUUGCAAGGUCGCUUAUUCUAGUCCGAGUCCGAUGGUGAAGAGAUUCGGUGGUCCUAAGGGGUUGAUAGGUUGAGAAACGGGUGAGGUGAAGGCGUUCUCGAGGCCUGUCCUUCGGGUCGAGUUGUGUCAGUGUGUUUUUGCGAUCCUCUUUUCCAGGUUUCUGCUUUGCUAUGGCUCAUCAACUGAGUCGGUCCGUACUUGUUAAUUGCCGCAUCCAACAUGCUGGCUCUGGGUCUAUAGUGUCCCUGGAUUCCGGUCUCGACGGGCAUCCGGUUGCCCAGUAGUUU